AGUCCCAACACUCUGCUCACCUCUUCAAACUUUACUGCACUCUACGCGUUUUAUUACUACAUUUGUUGCCUCUCACGCACUCCCACUACACUACAACUCCACGUCCCUCACCUAUCUCUCUCUACACCCACUUCCCUUUUUAAAGUUUUUCCUUUCACUGCCAGUGACAGACCAUUGCCAAAACCCCCCCUUCACUUUACUUCUCUCUCAUGGCUGUUCUUCUUCGAGCAUUCUUUCUCUUCUCUCUCCUCAUUCCAUUUUCUUCGUCUUCUUCGAUUGAUGCUUCAAAGAAAACUUUCAUUGUUCAGGUUCACAAAGAUUCCAAGCCUUCUAUUUUCCCAACCCACAAGAACUGGUAUGAGUCCUCUUUAGCAUCCAUCUCCUCUGUCAAUGAUGUAGGAGCCAUCAUUCAUACAUAUGAAACUCUUUUCCAUGGUUUCUCUGCUAAGCUCUCACCUCUUGAAGUUGAGAAGCUUCAAACUCUCCCCCACGUCGCUUCCAUCAUUCCUGAACAGGUUCGUCAUCCUCACACAACGCGUUCCCCUGAGUUUCUUGGCCUUAAGACAUCUGAUAGUGCUGGGUUGCUUAAAGAGUCCGACUUUGGAUCUGACCUUGUAAUUGGUGUUAUUGAUACUGGUAUUUGGCCGGAGAGGCAGAGUUUUAACGACCGCGAUCUGGGUCCUGUUCCUUCCAAAUGGAAAGGUCAGUGUUUGGUGGCUAAAGACUUUCCAGCUACCUCUUGCAACCGUAAACUCAUUGGGGCUCGAUUUUUCUGUAGUGGGUACGAGGCUACCAAUGGAAAGAUGAAUGAAACCACCGAGUAUCGCUCGCCGCGAGAUUCGGAUGGCCAUGGUACACAUACAGCGUCCAUUGCCGCAGGUCGUUAUGUGUUUCCAGCUUCAACUUUGGGGUAUGCUCGUGGUAAAGCUGCUGGAAUGGCUCCUAAGGCCCGUCUUGCUGCUUAUAAAGUGUGCUGGAACGCCGGCUGUUACGACUCCGACAUUCUUGCUGCUUUUGAUGCUGCCGUUUCCGACGGUGUUGAUGUUGUAUCACUCAGCGUCGGUGGUGUGGUUGUCCCGUACUAUCUCGAUGCCAUCGCUAUUGGGGCUUAUCGAGCUGUGGCUGCCGGUGUUUUUGUCUCCGCAUCGGCCGGUAAUGGUGGUCCAGGUGGGCUCACUGUUACUAAUGUAGCACCAUGGGUUACAACAGUAGGAGCUGGAACCAUGGAUAGAGAUUUUCCAGCUGAUGUUAAGCUCGGAAAUGGGAGGGUUGUACUUGGUACUAGUGUCUAUGGCGGACCGGCUUUGAUUCCGGGUCGUUUGUAUCCUCUUAUUUAUGCAGGAACUGAAGGCGGUGAUGGAUAUUCUUCGUCUCUAUGCUUAGAAGGUUCGUUGAACCCCAAUUUAGUGAAAGGGAAGAUUGUACUUUGUGACAGGGGAAUCAAUUCAAGAGCUGCUAAAGGUGAGGUUGUGAAAAAGGCUGGAGGAUUGGGAAUGAUUUUAGCAAAUGGGGUCUUUGACGGUGAGGGUUUGGUAGCUGACUGCCACGUACUACCUGCAACCGCCGUCGGUGCUUCCGGCGGCGACGAGAUUCGCAAAUAUAUUGCAGAAGCAGCGAAGUCUCAUUUACAGCCAACCGCUACAAUUUUGUUCAAGGGAACUCGGCUUGGAGUUAGGCCAGCACCGGUUGUUGCUUCAUUUUCAGCUCGAGGUCCAAAUCCAGAGUCACCUGAAAUUGUAAAGCCGGAUGUGAUUGCGCCUGGGUUGAACAUUCUUGCCGCUUGGCCUGACAAAAUUGGGCCUUCUGGAAUUCCCACAGAUAAGCGUACCACUGAGUUCAACAUACUUUCGGGCACGUCCAUGGCUUGUCCUCAUGUCUCUGGCUUAGCUGCCCUGCUGAAGGCUGCACACCCAGGAUGGAGUCCAGCAGCUAUAAAAUCAGCCCUGAUGACCACAGCUUAUACUUUGGACAACCGGGGUGAGACGAUGUUAGAUGAAUCUUCAGGCAAUACAUCCACGGUUUUGGACUUUGGAGCUGGCCAUGUUCACCCACAAAAGGCAAUGGACCCUGGUUUAAUCUAUGACCUGAAUACAUAUGAUUACGUUGAUUUCUUGUGCAACUCCAAUUACACUACUAAGAAUAUCCAAGUUAUUACUGGGAAGAUAGCAGAUUGUAGUGGGGCGAAAAGGGCUGGACAUAGUGGGAAUUUGAAUUACCCUUCAUUGGCCGUGGUGUUUCAACAAUAUGGUAAGCAUAAGAUGUCUACACAUUUCAUAAGAACUGUGACUAACGUUGGAGACGCCAAUUCUAUCUAUAAGGUAACAAUAAAGCCACCAAGUGGAAUUUCAGUGACAGUUGAACCAGAAAAGCUGGCGUUUAGAAGGGUUGGGCAAAAAUUGAGCUUCUUGGUUAGGGUCCAAGCAAUGGCUGUUAGACUUUCCCCUGGAAGCUCUAGCAUGAAGAGUGGUUCUAUAAUUUGGACUGAUGGAAAGCACGAAGUCACUAGUCCUUUGGUUGUUACCAUGCAGCAACCUCUGCAGUAGGAUCAUCAUAAUUUUGCUCUUUCCCAACUACGUAGUUUUUCUUCUCUGUAUGUAUAAUGGAAAUGCUUUUUCCUCCCCCUUCUCUUCUUUUAAUAUUUUUGCUCUUUUUUAAGUUUUCAAUAUCAGAAAACUGGUGGGGUUUGGUUUGUAACACACGGUUAAGGGUGAUGAGUAUCUUUGGUUGUAAGACUAUGGAGAAUGUUUGUAAAAUAGUAGUGUGUUUAGAAGAAUAGACCAGAGAUGAAUGCAAGUCUCUUCUCCGGAAUCAUAUUGUGGGUUGAAAUUCAAUUCCAUCAAAAAACUGCUUUCAAAAGCAAUUAUGGUA